UAGAAACCAGGCAACGCAGCGACGCGGCGCUGAGAAAACGUUUUUGCUCUUUCAGGGAAUAAAAUGUGUUUUUCAGAUGGUCUGAAAUCAGUUUCAGCAAAGGUUUCGUCUCAGAAGAGGAGCACUGGGUGGUGAAGGGUUCUGUAGCUUUAAACCGGGAGGGGAAAUCUCUUUUUUUCCUCCUGAAGCUGAGCUAACGCGGCUAACAGCGGCGAUGUUUAUUUACCUCAGCAAGAAGAUUGCCAUUCCAAACAGCAUCCGGCUGAAAUGUGUUUCCUGGAACAAAAAUCAGGGGUUCAUUGCAUGUGGAGGGGAUGAGGGUCUCCUGAAGGUCCUGAAGUUAGAAACCCAAACAGAUGAUGCAAAGCUGAAAGGUCUUGCUGCUCCCAGUAACCUGUCCAUGAAUCAGACCCUUGAAGGACACAGUGGUGCUGUGCAGGUAGUAACAUGGAACGAGCAGUACCAAAAACUCACCACCAGUGACCAGAAUGGCCUCAUAAUCGUCUGGAUGCUCUACAAGGGUUCCUGGUACGAGGAGAUGAUUAAUAACAGGAAUAAGUCGGUGGUGAGGAGUAUGAGCUGGAAUGCAGAUGGGGAGAAGAUCUGCAUUGUGUAUGAAGAUGGUGCUGUUAUUGUGGGAUCAGUGGACGGGAACAGAAUCUGGGGGAAGGAGCUGAAGGGGAUCCAGCUGGCUCAUGUGGCCUGGUCUCCAGACAGUAAGAUCCUGCUGUUUGGAAUGGCCAAUGGAGAGAUCCACAUCUACGAUAACCAGGGCAACUUCAUCAUGAAGAUGACUUUGCAUUGCCUGAUGAAUGUGACUGGCCCUCUCAGCAUUGCGGGGAUCCACUGGUACGCAGGAACAGAAGGUUACAUCGAGCCGGACUGCCCCUGCCUCGCUAUCUGCUACGACAAUGGCCGCUGCCAGGUCAUGCGCUACGAGAACGAUGACAAUCCGGUGGUAAUCGAGACGGGUAUGAAUGUUGCCAGUAUACAGUGGAACCACUGCGGGAGUGUUCUUGCUAUAGCAGGAUCUCUCAGGAGCGCCACAGGAGAUAAAGAUCUGAAUGUUUUAAACUUCUACACACCGUUUGGAGAGCACCUCCGCACCCUGAAGGUUCCUGGUAAACAGAUCACCGCUGUUUCGUGGGAGGGUGGAGGACUGAGGAUUGGCCUAGCUGUAGAUUCCUUCAUUUACUUCGCCAACAUCAGACCUGAUUACAAGUGGGGUUACUGUUCGAAUACAGUGGUGUAUGCGUACACCCGACCGGACAGGAUGGAGUACAGUGUGGUCUUCUGGGACACAAAAAACAACGAGAAGUUUGUGAAGUAUGUGAAGAGCCUGAUGUCGGUCACCACAUGCGGAGAUUUCUGCAUCCUGGCCACCAAAGCUGAUGACUCCCACCCACAGGAGGAUGCAGACCCGGAGGCUGGAGCAGCAACGUAUGUGUUGGUGCUGUGUAACUCCAUUGGGACUCCCCUGGACUCUAAAUACAUUGACCUUGACCCUCUGUUCGUAACCAUGACAAAGACUCACGUGAUCGCUGCGUCUAAGGAGGCCUUUUAUGCCUGGCAGUACCGCGUGGCCAAAAAGCUCACCGCCCUGGAGAUCAACCAGGUCGCCAAGACCAGGAAGGAGGGCCGUGAAAGAGUUUACCACAUCGAUGACAGUCCGAGUGGAACCACCGAUGGGACGCUCGACUUUGCCAAAGCCUUUACAGCAACCAGAGAUCCCAUCUGUUGCAUCACAGCAUCUGACAGAACCCUUAUAGUGGGCCGUGAGUCUGGGACUCUGCAGAAGUACAGCCUACCGAACAUUACCCUCCUGCAGAAGUAUUCUCUGGCCUACAGAGCUUACCAGCUCUCUCUCAACUGCAACUCCAGUCGCCUGGCUAUAAUAGAUAUGACAGGAGUAUUGACGUUUUUUGACAUAGAGCUGCGGGGGUCCUCUGGAGAUGCAGAAGGAGGGGCGUCAGCUGGAGACCCCUCCAAAUUUGAACGCAAAGAUGUGUGGGAUAUGAAAUGGGCCAAUGACAACCCUGACCUGUUUGCCAUGAUGGAAAAGACCAGGAUGUACGUCUUUAGAAAUCUAGACCCAGAGGAGCCGAUUCAAACCUCUGGGUUCAUCUGUAACUUUGAAGACCUGGAAAUUAAGUCUGUUCUGUUGGAUGAAAUUAUGAAGGAUCCUGAGCGGCCAAACAAAGAUUACUUGAUGAACUUUGAGAUCCGUUCUCUGAGAGACAGCAGAGCGCUCAUAGAGAAAGUGGGAAUAGAAGACGCGUCGCAGUUCAUCGAGGACAACCCUCACCCUCGCCUCUGGCGUUUGCUGGCGGAGGCUGCGCUGCAGAAGCUGGAGCUGAAGACGGCUGAGCAGGCGUUUGUGCGCUGUAAGGAUUAUCAGGGAAUCGAGUUUGUGAAGAGGCUCGGGAACCUGCAGAGCGAGGCCAUGAAGCAGGCGGAGGUGGCGGCCUACUUCAGCCGCUUCGAAGAGGCCGAGAGGAUGUACCUGGACAUGGACCGCAGAGACCUGGCGAUCAGUCUGAGGAUAAAGUUGGGUGAUUGGUUCCGGGUGCUCCAGCUAUUGAGAACCGGAUCAGGAGACUCCGACGAUGCUCUGCAGGAACAGGCCUACAACGCCAUCGGAGAUUACUUUGCCGAUAGACAGAAAUGGCUCAAUGCGGUGCAGUACUACCUACAGGGUCGUAACCAGGAGAGACUGGCAGAGUGUUACUACAUGUUGGAGGACUAUGAGGGGCUGGAGAGACUCGCUAACUCUCUACCAGAGAACCACAAACUGCUGCCGGACAUUGGCCAGAUGUUUGUGACUGUGGGGAUGUGUGAGCAGGCAGUAAGUGCCUAUCUCAGGUGUAGCCAGCCCAAAGCAGCCGUGGAUGCCUGUGUGCAUUUAAACCAGUGGAAUAAGGCUGUAGAACUGGCUAAAAACCACAACAUGAAGGAAAUUGGUCCUCUACUGUCCAAGUACGCCUCUCACCUGCUGGAGAAGAGUAAAACCCUGGAGGCAGUGGAGCUCUACAGGAAGGCUCACCACUUCUUGGAUGCUGCCAAGCUCAUGUUUAAGAUUGCAGAUGAAGAGGCGAAGAAAAGAACAAGGCCUUUGCGGGUGAAGAAGCUGUACGUGCUCGCCGCCCUGCUGGUGGAAAACUACCACGCUCAAGUCAAAACCUCACAGCAAAGCAAAGCCAAGGGCAAAAAGUCAGAGGCCACGUCUGCUCUGGCUGGCCUGUUGGAAGAAGACGCGUCCACCUCAGACAGCCGUAUUGUGGAUAAAGCGUGGCGCGGAGCAGAAGCUUACCAUUUCUUCCUCUUAGCUCAAAGACAGCUCUAUGACGGAAAUGUGGAGGCCUCUAUGAACACAGCUCUGCACCUGCGUGACUAUGAGGAUAUAAUCCCUGCAGUGGAGAUCUACUCCCUGUUGGCCAUCUGCUCCUCAGCGAAUCGCGCGUUUGGUACCUGCUCUCGCGCCUUCAUUAAGCUGGAGUCUCUGGAGAGUCUGUCCCCAGAGCAGAGGCAGAUGUACGAGGACUUGGCCCUGGAGAUCUUCACCAAACACAGCCCUAAAGACAGCCGCAAGAGCCACCUGGACAGCACAGACGACAGCACGGAGGGCAAGCUGCCGACGUGCAUAGUGACCGGCAGGAGCAUCUCGGAUUAUCAGUUCUGGAUGUGCAGUGUGUGUAAGCACUGUGCACACGAGCAGGACAUCACAAGCCACAACUUCUGCCCUCUCUGCCAUUCCUCUCUGACAUGACUCCGCCUUUAUUCUCCUCUUUUCUCACUUUUUUUUUUACCGCUCUCUUUAUCCACGUUGUCUUUUUCUGCAGCCAGCACUUCAUAAACUCCAGCAGAGUUCAGGUUACUGCACAGUUUAUUCAACGCUGUUGGAAUUACAAGCAUAAGGCAGCCAGCCCUGUUAUUCAGACGGCUUACAGUGCCAGUGAUUUUGAAACCUCUAAUCCCUUCAUUCGCCAUUUGGAGGCCAGAUUUUCACUGGCUUCUGUAGUUUGGACUGAUCACACUGUAGUAAACAGUGAACCAUUCAUAUCGAUUUUAAAGGAAUACUCUAUUUUUCAUUCUUCAUCUGCCGCUUCUGUAGCACAUGAUCCGUUGCCAUGAACAGUGAUUUCCUCGUACUUUGAAAAGAACAGAAAUCCUGUGGAAAAUGGUUAUAAUGGAAUCCAAUGGGAAGCUUCUAAUAUUUAUUUAUUAAUUUCCUGGUAUUUUUUCAAGGGGAGACAUUUGAAAGCAUGCAAUGACAAUACACAGCUCCAUGCAUGUGCUAAUUUCCAAAUAUGUCCUUUCAUACAUCUUGUAACCCACACCUCUCCCCCUUUGUUAUUCUUUAAAAA